GGAAUGAACCAAUGGCUCCACUGCACUCCUCGGGGGCCCCGUGUGUGUGCGUGUGUGUGUGCGUGCGGGAGAGUGCGUGUGUGUGUGUGUGUGUGCGGGAGAGAGUGUGUGAGCGAGCGCGUAUCUCCUCCAGUAGAAGAAAGAGAAAGAGUGGGAGAGGAACGGCGUGAGGAAGCAACUGAAGAAUCCUCCUCCUUUAAUCCGGUCCAAUCGUGCGCUUUUCGGAAACACAGGCGGUUCGGAGAAGCGCUGAACUCACGAGCCUUCAGCCCGGUCCGAUGGGAGGAGGAUCGAGCGCGUGAAACCUGUGUUUGUGUCGCGAGAGAGAGCGCGCACUGUGGAAUGCGAAUUGCACGCAAAGGAUUACUUGGGGUCGUUGCUCCUCCAUUCAUGCAAUAGGAGAAGAAGAAGAGAAAGAAAAAUAGGUGGUGCUGCUCCUGAUCAUCUGUAGUUGAUCGAUCCGGUUGAUCUGAUUGAUCUGCAGUGGACAUUUUAUUUGUAUUUUUUUUAUAGAAUGUGAAGAAAAGCCCACCCAUGCAUUUGAUGUGUUGCAUGGUCUGCAGGAAAGGAAUGCCAGCCAAUCUGCGUUGAAGCUGCCUUGUUGGGGCGCAUGCAUGCAUGGGGUGCACCACCAACACAACGACCACAUUCCACCACUUCUGGUAGAACCAGGAGAAGUGUUGGAGGCAAUCUCAUGUUGGGCUUCAACCAGAGGGCAUGUGUCCACAGCUGUAGACGUGCAGUGGAUGGAGAAAGACUUCAUUGCUUUCAAUGCUUGUACUGCCUUUGUUGGACGUGGACUUAAUUGAUUGAUUAAUUGAUUGAUCGAUUGAUUAAUUUAGAGAUCUAUGUGGGACAACAAAAAGGGCACAGGAGCGCGAGAGUGUGCAAGAGUGACCUGACCCUCCAAACCCAGAAUGAAUUAAAAAAGGGCAAAUAAGGCAAAGCAUAGAUAAAAAAAAGAACUACACCCAACAACACGCAACCAACCAACCCAAGGACAUUAAUGAUUAAUGAUUGAAAGAAGAUUGAUUGAUUGAUAGAUCUAUAUGUUUGACAAGCAGCACAGAAGCUUCUCCAGAAAUGCAAGAGUGACCUGACCCUCCUAGUUAAAAGACAAAGCGAAUGAAAGGCGCCCAACUCUCAACCCAAGCACUCUGCACCUUCACAGACCUGGAUGGACUUUAACAGACCUGGUUGGACCUUGAUAGACCUGCACCUUGAUAGAUGCGGGACUUGGACAAAAGAGGCACAGGCGUGACCUGAACCUCCAGACCUAGAGAGACAGGACAAGGUAAAACCAAACGAAUGAAACCCUCCCAGCCUGUCGUAUGUUGAGGACGAGACGCUCGGGUCUGGUCCGGCGACUCUGGAGAAGCCGUGUGAUCCCAGAAAGGGAAGGGGGCGAUGGGAGCAGCUGGAACGGGGAGGGGGUUCCAUCAGAACAACAGAGUGACAGCAACCCGGAGAAGAUCCCUAAAACAGAAUCUGCACCUUUGGCCUCUGAUUUGCUGGGGAACCACAUAGGGGGUGACCAUCUUUCGGGCAACCAUUCGGGCAACCUCUUGGGUAACCAGGCAUUGUCGACAGAAAGUGUUGGAGUCCCCAGGAUCCUUGGAGAACCCGAAAGUCGUGCCAUGUGCCUCCCAGAGCAGCAAAGUGUCCCCCUGUCCGAGGGAAGCGAAGGCAGGACAGUGAUGUGCUGUUUGUUCAGAGAUUUGCCUAAAGAUCUCAGGACUUCCAAGAGUGGCAAAGAUGGCCCUCAGUGCCACUAUGAAGGCAAGGGUGGCAGAGAAGUUUGCGGACUCGCUUCUGCAGAACUGAAAGCUCGCGCUCUGGUGGAGCAAGAGCUCAAGAGGUGCGCUUAUACGUUCCUCAAAAAGCUGAAGGAGAAACCUUUGGACAUGUUGCUGGAGGCGGUGGAAUCCAAAGGUGGGGUGCUGGGGGACUGUGUUAUGGUGUCUCCAGCUGAGCUGAGGAUUGGCAGCCAGGAGGUAUCUCCUCAGUAUCUGCUGUGUAGGCUUUUCCGCUGGCCAGACAUGCUGCCUUUAUCCCAGCUCAAGGCACUGUGCCACUGCCAGAGUUUUCGGACUCAGGACGGUCAAGCGGUCUGCUGCAACCCCUUUCACUACAGCCGACUGUGUGGACCAGACUCGCCCCCUCCACCCUACUCCCGGCUAUCUCCCACACCAGGACAGGAGUUUCUGGACCCUUCACAUCCAGCAUUGCCUUAUGCUGAGAUUGAGGCCACUCGUUCACCCAACAGCAGCACGACUGGGGGUCACUCAGAUGCCAGUAUGUCCCAGUCUUCGCUCACUCAAGCUCAGUGGUGUAACGUGGCGUACUGGGAACACCGAACCCGCGUGGGCCGGCUGUACCCGGUGUAUGACUCCUCCCUCAGCAUCUUCUAUGAUCUACCUCAGGGCACGGGCCUGUGCCUGGGCCUGCUCCCGCUGCCGGCUCGCUCCAGCUCCGUCCAGCGCGCCCGCGGCAAGAUCGGCCACGGCAUCCUCCUCAGCCGAGAGCCGGACGGCGUGUGGGCGUACAACCGCAGCCAGCACCCCGUCUUCGUCAACUCGCCCACGCUGGAUCCGCCGCACUGCCGCAGCCUCACGGUGCGCAGGGUGAUGCCCGGCUACUCCAUUAAGGUGUUUGACUACGAGAAGUCGUGCCAAAUCCGACACCCCGGCGAUUCGGCGUACCUGGAAGGACCGUACGACCCGAACAGCGUGCGGAUCAGCUUCGCCAAGGGCUGGGGGCCGUGCUACUCCAGACAAUUUAUCACUUCCUGUCCCUGCUGGCUGGAGAUUCUGCUCAACAACCACAGAUAGCACAGAUACAAACACAUACACACAUUCACAAAUACAGGGGUUGGACAAUGAAACUGAAACACCUGUCAUUUUAGUGUAGGAGGUGAAUUGGAGCAGCCUGGUGGUCAAUCUUCAUUAAUUGCACAUUGCAGCAGUAAGAGCGUGAUAAGUGUGAAGGUUCAAUUAGCAGGGUAAGAGCACAGUUCUGCUCUAAAUAUUGCAAUGCACACAACAUUAUGGGUGACACACCAGAGUUCAAAAGAGGACAAAUUGAUGGUGCACGUCUUUGUUGGUCAGCAAGUCUUUGUGAUGCAUCAAGAGCCACGUUAUCCAGGGUAAUGUCAGCAUACCACCAAGAAGGACGAACCACAUCCAACAGGAUUAACUGUGGACGCUGUAAGAGGAAGCUGUCUGAAAGGGAUGUUCGGGGGCUAACCCGGAUUGUAUCCAAAAAACAUAAAACCACGGCUGAUCAAAUCACGCAGAAUUCAAUGUGCACCUCAACUCUCCUGUUUCCACCAGAACUGUCCGUCACCACAAUAAAUUAUUAUGGUCUAAAACCAGGUGUUUUACUUUCAUUGUCCAACCCCUGUAUAUAUAUAUAUAUAUAUAAACACACACAAAAACUCAACAAAUGCCCGUAUUUCUCUGAAAUUCUCUCGGAUUCACACAGCCACAAAUAAAAAAAAACACAAUCCCAAAAUGUACUCUAUCUAGAUUUAAUAUAAAGUUUUAUAUAUGCAUAUUAUAUAAAAAAUACACUAUACUUGUAAAUAACUUGAGUCAUUUUUACAGUGUAAUUAUUUAUGUACGGUGCAAUGUGUAUGUGGACAUGAGGAAAAAAUGAAAAGAUGAUCAGGUAAUGCACUUUGGAUUCCGCCUCUUCGCACGGAAUCCCUCAAUGCCAUUUUUUGCUAAUGGAUGUACACUACAGUCAACCUGGUUUUGGUGUAUAGUUUUCAUAUACUAUCAAUAUCCAGAAAAAAAAAGUACCAUGGACACAUUGAUAAUAAAGUAUUCAUGACAUAA